GUUCCCUAGAUAUUUUCUGUUAUUUGCAGCGAUCAGAUCGUCUGAGGCUGGAAGCUGUACUUGCUUUUUCAUCCUGAAAUGAGGAUCUGACUCCUACCUCAGACUAGUCCUUAUCCAGCGCCAAUUGAAAAUUUUGAUCUUUGAUUCCAAUAUCUAUUAUUUUAACCAUGAUGUUUAUGCUUUUGGUUUUUUUGUUUGUCAUUUGCCCAGAUCAUUUAUGAUUUUGGUGUCAUUGGUUGCAAUUGAACCAACUGAUUACCCAUUGUACCUUCUGGGAGGAGCACCUGACCGCCGAGGGCAUGGAAGCACAGGUACUAGCACGAUUUCCUGAUCGCAAGCCUUGCCAGCAAGCAAAGGAUUUUGCUGAACUUGCUCUGGCGCACUACAAUGAGACGAACAAGAGCGAGUUUGAGUUGGCCACGACCCUGCUAUCGAAUUGCUUCUCCGAGUGUUCUGGGGACAUUUAUGGCCAUGUUAAUUUCACUGCUGUUCCUCAGAAGCAGACUGCCGCAGAGACUGCUUCAAAGACAAAGAGGCUGUUCUUUGCUGAGCUUAUGCAUACUCCGAGCCUUGAAGCAUAUUCAAGGGCUCAGCCUAUGCGUGUGCUGUGUGUGUGCACCAUUGAUGAUGAUUCUUGUUAUGGUGGGUGCCAUGAGAUAUUUAGAAAGAUUGCUAACAAGAGGAGUGAUGACAUGGAUUAUAAGCGCUGUCACGCAUGUAGCGACCGUAUCAAGCAUCCGAAUGGGCAACUGUUUGAUGGAGGGCACAAUAGCAGUAGGAUGCCGUACUACUCUGCCGUGUAGUUAACCUAAGCAUUUAAGUGUAUCCUUGAAAAGGCGCAAGUAGUCAAGUCUGGGGAACUUGGAUGGAACUUACUAUAGUGCAUCUAUAAUUUAUGCUAGCAGUCCAUGAAUAAGUUAUGCUUGCAUUAUAUCGGUGAUGCUGAGCUAGAUAUACUGUAUCGGUUAUUCUAAGUUCUUAUGCAUGUUGUGUGGGUAAUAAGUUACUCCAAUGUAUGUCAAAUCUGGAAGAACUUU